CUCGUAGGCACUGGACAUUUAUAUGAGCGGACCCUGAUCUAUCGGAGAACCUUGACUGUAUGAUGCUACAUAGUCAGCAAUUGAGGCAAGGACCCCAAAUGGCCAGCAACAGAGACGAGGAACGCGGUAAAGUGUAUCCCAAUGAAGAGGAUUAUGCAACGUCUCAGACGCCUCUCCUCGGCUCUAAAAGAGCACAGGAUGAUAUGGGCAGGAUCCUGAGCACCAAUUUCAGUGCGCUGACGGCCGGAUUCAAUGACGCCGUUCUAGGCGUCCUGAUUCCCUACAUACGGCCAACCUACCACGUCGGCCUGCUUCAGGUCUCCAUGAUCUACCUGGUCAACUUCACCGGCUGGCUCCUGGCCUCCAUCGCCAACAUUCACAUUUGUUCGCACUACGGGACCGGGGGUACACUGGUCCUCGGGGCCACCAUUCAGUGCAUCGGCUAUGCGCUGAUGUUCUGGGGCCCACCGUUCCCCCUCUUCGCGGCCGCCUUCUUUUUCACCGGCUGCGGCGUGGCUCUGCAGGACGCGCAGAUGAACACCUACACGAUCACCGUCCAAGACGCGCACCGAUGGCUAGGGAUCUUGCAUGCCGUGUAUGGGGUUGGUACCAUCCUCGGCCCCUUGAUAGCGAACACCAUCGCUGCGCGCACCCCCUAUUGGCAGCAUUACUACCUUGCCACGAUGGUGGUUGGGGCAGUGAACAUCUCGUUCCUGGCGUGGACGUUCCGAAAGGGACUAUUCAAGCCCAAUACCAAUAGUGCCAACAGUAGUGCCGCUCGUGACCUGAAAGCUACGUUGACGAACCGGACGGUGUGGCUUCUGAACGGGUUUUUUUUCUUAUACGUGGGUGCGGAGGUCACAGCUGGUGGAUGGCUCGUUCAAUUUCUCGUUUCAAUCAGACAUGGUGAUCCUGAAAAAGUGGGCUACAUAGCCUCGGCAUUCUGGGGGGGCUUCACCAUCGGCCGAGUCGCUCUAACAGAUAUCACACACAAGUUUGGGGAGCGACGGAUGGUCUUUGUCUAUAUGAUAUUGGCUAUCGCGCUGCAGUUGCUGUUUUGGCUAGUACCCAUCAUUACGGUCAAUGCUGUUACGGUGUGCUUCCUGGGGUUCUUCAUCGGGCCAUGCUAUCCGGUUGGGCUCUACGUUCUUACCAAGGUGAUACCCCAAGAAAUGCACGUGGGAGCCAUGGCAGGUUUUACCGCGAGUUUUGGACAAGCUGGAUCCGCCGCUUUCCCUUUCAUGACGGGCGCCAUAGCCUCGCGAGCCGGGGUCCAAGUCUUGCAACCGAUCAUGGUGGGGUUGCUCGUGGGAGUUGUCACAUUCUGGACCUUGGUCCCCAGG